AUUGUUGACGCAGCAGCAGCAGGAGGCUGUUUGAUAGAUUCGCAUUCAUUUUCCAUUUUGAUUCUUUGAAUAUAUUCUUCGUUCCGCUUGUUCCACCGCUUCACUGUUAUAAAAAUAGUUUAUUUAAAUAAAUUUGAAGAAAAAAAAAAUCACAGAUUACAAGAGCUUUUAAUAUUUAUAUUCAAAAAACCCUAAUUUAAAUAUUGUAGUAACAUUUUAAAGAGAAUAUAAAAUUAUUAAAAUUAUAUUAUAAAUUAAAGAUGUAGCACGUGUAUUAAUUGAGACAAACAAAUAUAUAUAAAUAUAUUUUUUAAUUGCGAUCAAUCUUAUUUCCCCUACUGAUACAUACAGGAUGGGCAGCAAUUGGCGGUGGAGAAGGUGGUUGCUGGUACUAUGUACAAUAAUUGUAAGCGGCGGCGCUUCUAAACCGGAAGAACCUCUCGUCACGCGAAUUGCUUUUGGAUCAUGCGCCAACCAAAGUGCCCCUCAGCCAAUCUGGAAUGCAAUAAUAGAUUUUGAUCCCCAACUUUUUAUUUGGCUCGGUGACAACAUUUAUGGAGACGUUAGACGCCCUUUUAAACUCUUCGGAAAGGAAAGGACAAUUGGGCCAUGGAAGAAUGUUCCCAGGUUUGUCCCUUCUUCUCAGCAGGAAAUGGAGUCCAGAUACCAUAAAGCUAAGACUAUUCCUGGCUAUUCUCGACUUCCACAGACUGCUAAGGUAAUUGGCACCUGGGAUGACCAUGAUUAUGGAUUAAAUGAUGCUGGAAAAGAAUUUAGUAGGAAAGUCAACAACCAGAGACUUCUCCUCAAUUUCUUAGAUGAACCUCAAGACAGUCCUCGGCGCAAACAGGAAGGUGUAUAUGCGUCUUAUAUUUUUGGCCCAACAAACAGGCAAAUUAAGGUUAUUCUCUUAGAUACAAGAUACCACAGAGACCCCUUGCGUAGUGAUGGAAGUGUGCUGGGAAGUUCUCAGUGGGCAUGGCUAGAGAAAGAGUUGAAUGGACCAAAAACAACCAUCACCAUUAUUGGAUCUUCCGUUCAGGUUAUAUCAAAUCUUUCAGCAACCACUGGUCCAUUGUUUUAUUUGGAGUCGUGGGGACGUUUUCCAAAGGAGAGGAAUCGCCUGUUUAAAUUAAUACUAGAUAGUAAGAGAGAAGGCAUCUUUUUUAUUAGUGGAGAUGUUCAUUUUGGAGAAAUCUAUCGGUAUGACUGUGCUACAGGAUAUCCACUGUAUGAUGUGACCUCAAGUGGACUUUCCCAAGCCGUUGAGAAGGCAGUUCCAGGGUCAUUAAGUUUAAUUGUGAGAUUCGUGGCAUGGUUGACACCAACUACAAUGAGAGUAAUGAACCAAAACUGCAGAUUCAGGUCAUGUACAUAUGGCCAACCCAAUUUCAGAGCAAUUGAAAUAGACUGGAGUACAACUCCUGUGACCUUGAAGCUUGAAGUGAGAGACGUGAAUGGAUACCCUGUGACUGGUGUAAAGUUUCCAUUGUUGGAGCUGCAAUCACUUAGCAUGAACUCUGUGCCAUCCAUUAAAUUAGGAACGCAUAGAAGGCAUUGUACUCUUGAAGUAAAUUUACCAUGGAUUGUCAGAUAUCGCCUGGCAAUUUUAUUUUAUUUCUCUGUGACUGUGUUGCUGCUUGCUGUGAUAGGACUAAUGUAUGCAUUUGUAUCAGCAUGCAGGCAAUGCUUCCCCAAGUGCAAGUUUGAUUGACUUGUGUCUUGAUGGUGACACCAAGCUUUUAGGAUGUAGGUUUUCUCAUCAGGAAGCUGAUUUGUUAUUUUGGUAGCAAAUGUUUGAGUCUUUUCUAAUAGAUUCAAGUCUUUUUCUACUGUUCCGCUGCACUGCGUGACAUUUUUCAAAGUCAAGCGAAAUAUUGCCACUGUUCUUCUCUCCUCUCUUUCACUUUAAUUGCUUUUUGGUGGUCAUCAGUUUUAUGGCGCAACAUGAGAUGAUCUUUGAAAUUGUAUGAUAUUAGAACUCCAUUGGCAUAAUUGCAGUAAACUUUUGAUUCCUGUGAGAAAUUUAUGUUUGCUGCUUAGCUCAGCGUACUAUUGAAUUU